CUGGAUGGGAAAAUCCAAGUGUGAGACAUUUUUUUGAAAUUAUAACAAGCAUGUCGGACCCGUAUUGAGAUUAACAGUCAGUACUUAUCUUAUAAAUAGAUGUUUUAGCUGACUGUGCCUGGGGGUAACACUGACAGACGGUUACCGUGAGCGCCCAUCCCUGGCAGAUUUCGCUCCCAUAGCCAAAACCGAAGGGGACGUGGGAUGUAGCUAGCUAGCAGCAGACAUGUUACCCAGCUAUUGCUACCUUUGAUGGGGGUAAAAGCUCCUUUGAUACAAACAAGCGGUCCAGUUAGGUGACCGGAUGCUAAGUUGCUGCUUCUGCUGUAGCUAACUUUAGCCUCGGCAGUUUCUGGUCAAGGCCUCUUGAUUCUGCUACGCUUGGGGAAAUUCAAGGACCAUGGAUUUCCCGGGCCACUUCAAGCAGAUCUUUCAGCAGCUCAAUUAUCAGCGUGUCCACGGUCAGCUGUGUGACUGUGUCAUCGUGGUGGGCAGCCGACACUUCAAGGCCCACCGCUCCGUGCUGGCAGCCUGCAGCACCCACUUCAGAGCCCUGUUUACGGUUGCAGAGGGAGAUGCUAGCAUGAACAUGAUCCAGUUGGACAGCGAGGUGGUGACAGCUGAAGCCUUUGCUGCUCUGGUGGACAUGAUGUACACCUCAACACUGAUGCUGGGGGAGAGCAAUGUCAUGGAUAUGCUGCUUGCAGCCUCACAUCUGCACCUCAACAACGUAGUCAAGGCCUGCAAACACUACCUGACCACGCGCACCCUGCCCAUGUCCCCCUCGUCCGACAGAAGCACCCAUCAUCACCCUCAGCUGGAGCAGCAGAGGCACAGGCAGCAGCAGCAGCAGCAGCAGCAGCUGCAGCAGCAAGUAGCAGAUGUAGCAGUGAACCCUACUCUAGCAGCUAAUGCUAACCUUGCAGCAAACACUGCCACGUCCAAGUUGCAGCGCUCCUUCCUCUUGCAGCAGCUGGGGCUUAGCUUGGUGAGCUCUGCUUUGGGAGGGAUGGAGGAGGACAGAGUUGGAAAUGUAGUUGGCAGUAGUGGGGUCGAACAGAGAGCCUCCUUCCCAAUCCGACGCUUCCAAAAACGCAAGCCCGCCCUGGCUCUGUCAGAGGAGAGACCCAGGCAAAGGCAGCGCCCUUCGGCUCCUAACUUAGGGCUGUUAGGAGAAGCAGGGUUGAACUUAGAGCGAGAAGAAGGAGCACUACUCUCCCCCGACUCCCACAAGAUGGAGGAUGAUUCCAAAUUGGAUGCCGCUAUCACUGGGCUAGUAGGGGUGUCACAAGAUGAUCCUCAGAUGCCAAGCCAGUCGGAUAGUGGGCAUUGUGAGGAGGAGAACUUGGGUAGAAUGCAGGGAGGGGUGAGGAAGGAAGAGGCCAUGGAAGAACAGGACCACCAGGUCAACAGAGCAGGUGGGAAGAACAAAGAGGAGGAGGAGGCAGAAGAACAGGAACAGAAGGUGGUGGUUAAACGAGAGCCGCUAAGUUCGCCAGAGCCGACUGAUGAAAUCAGUGAUGUGACAUCGCAGGCUGAGUCCGGAGGCCAGGAGGAGGAGAAGGCGGAGCUGAGCCCAGAGAGCAGCGACCGCAGCUUCACCACUGAACCCCAACACAGCUCUGACUCUCUGCUGCAGCCGCUCCUCAAGAGCAGCAUGGGAGGUGGCGCCGGAGUCGAAGGAGGUUUUGGCUGUAAUAGCGGACUGGGUGCCAAACCUGGUUUUAGUAUAUCUAGCUUCCUCAGCCCUAAGGAUUUUGGACGUGGCGGGGCAGGGUUGGUAGCUGGAGAGGAUGACCUCCCCAACACAACAACUGGUGAUGUAGUAGCACACCACUUCCUGCUCAGACAGGAAGCUGCUGGUUCAUCAGGCUCUGCUUCUUCCUCUCUUCUGAAGACAGGUCCGCUCAGUGGCGAGAAUCGCAACAGUUUUGGAGACAACCUACACGCGGAUUCUCCAUUCCUCCGCCCCCUGCAUGAUGGUUUAGGGAACUCUAGAAGAAGUGGGGAAAGUGGUAGUGGAGGGUGUGGAGGGGGAGAUCCCUUUGGUUUGGACUUCCAGCGCUCUAGUCUAGGUCUUCACUCCCUGGGGCGAAUGUCACGAGGAGCAGGGGGAGUGACUGCCACUGCUCCAGGUUACCCAGGUUACAGACGUAUUGCUCCGAAAAUGACCACUGGCAUGGGAGGAGAAGAAGGUGUGGCUGGCGUUCUCCAGGAUGCUGCCUCUUCCUCCUCAAGUCUGGCAAGUCCUCUGCUUCUUAACGAGAACGGUGGAUAUGAAAUGAACAAUGGCAGGCCCACCUCCCUUCCCCCUCAGCUGACCCGAGCUUCAGCAGACGUCCUGUCAAAGUGCAAGAAGGCUCUGUCGGAGCAUAAUGUCUUGGUGGUUGAGGGAGCUCGGAAAUACGCCUGUAAAAUCUGCUGCAAAACCUUCCUCACCCUGACUGACUGCAAGAAACACAUCCGCGUCCACACAGGAGAGAAGCCCUACGCAUGUCUCAAGUGUGGAAAGCGCUUCAGUCAGUCCUCCCACCUGUACAAGCAUUGCAAGACCACCUGUUUGCGCUGGCAGAACAGUAACAUGUCCAAUGCCCUGCUGUAGGACUGAGGUCACAGUGCAGCAGGGCAACCAGAUGAAUACAUUAGGAAUCAGUGGUGUAUUUAAAAUCCUCAUAAAGUUUAGCUUAUGAUCCGAGCCAGUCUCGGCUAUUUAAAAGCUGCUACACUGUGAGCUUAAUUGUCUUUCUAAAAGGUAUCAUGUUGUUAAGUGAAAAUUUAGUUCUGUUGAUUCCUCAGUGCUGAAAAUCUGUAGUUCAUGGUACGCAUAUUGAAGCAAAUUUUAGUCUCUGUGAGAGUGUUUGCAGAUGACAGGCAGCUGUGCAGCACCAACAUUGUGAACAAAUAUUAUGUAAAAUAGUGUUCUUAUGUGUUGAUUUUUAAUCACACAUUUGUAAAACAUGUAGCAGCAUCCCACGUCAGACUGCCAUUGAAAUGGCGCAUAUUGACGGUGUCUUGUUCUGUGCAAGGCAGUCAUAUAGACAAGACUAACUGAUUCAAAUUCAGUUUGUGCGCCAGGUAUAAUGCUUGUAAGUACUCAAAACUGUUGAUGGUUGUGUGCUUUUGAUGUCUGCUGUACAAAAAGGUGGAAAGGUUCAGUCCUGUGAGGUGGGCCGAUGUAAUGUUGAAAUCUGUCACUUUUUGCACGUUCAACCAACA